CGUAUGACGUUUCCUAUAUAUCACUAAAUAUCAAGUGCAUCAGCUGUGCUCUGCACCUGUAUGUCAUGGUAAUAUAACACAGCUGACAUCUGGACCUGGCAAGCGUGAACGGUUUAAAAAGAAUCCCAGAGAGAGGCACAAAUUCGAAAGUAUUUCCACUUAAGGUAGAUGGCGGUAAACGAAGGGGAUGAUGUGACUGUUUCUUUGGUGGAUGUUUUGGAAGAAGAUGAAGAGUUAGAAAACGAAGCCUCUGCUGUUUUGGGUGGCAGCGAUCCCGAGAAGUGCUCCUAUCCCGAGGGAUAUGUUAAGCGACAGGCCCUCUAUGCCUGCAACACCUGCACACCUAAAGGAGGCGAGCCAGCAGGAAUUUGCUUGGCUUGUUCAUAUAAGUGCCAUGAAGGGCAUGAUCUCUUUGAGCUCUACACCAAAAGGAAUUUUCGCUGCGACUGUGGAAAUGGAAAGUUCACAGACUUUGAAUGCAAGCUCUAUCGCGAUAAAGACAAAUUGAACAUCAAUAACAAAUACAACCAUAACUUCUUUGGUUUAUACUGUACCUGUGAGAGACCUUACCCAGACCCCGAGGAUCAGGUGCCGGAUGAGAUGAUUCAGUGCAUCAUCUGUGAAGACUGGUUCCAUGGCAGGCACCUGGGAUCUGUGCCUGUGGAGAGUAUUGAGUUACAGGAGAUGGUCUGCGUUUCCUGUAUGAACAGAGCACCCUUUCUUUGGGCCUAUGCUGCACAACUAGCAGCCCCCUCGGUGACGAGACUGAGCCCUAGCAAGGCUGAGGUGGAGGUGAAUGUGGAGGAGGAUGGGCAGCCGACGGAACAGGAGAGCACGGGGAACAGUGAGGAGGACAAACACAGCAUCAAGAGGGAAGGAGAGCAGCCCUCCACCAGCACCAUCCCAGAGAAGGCAGUGACAAAUGGGGAGGCUGGCUGUAAGAGGACAUACAGUCAGAUGGAGGCCUCUGCUGAUGCUAAGAGUGAACCAGUCACAUGUAAGCUGCAAGAGCUGAAGGCAAAGGGCUUUGUGAAGAAGGAAGGAGCUAUCUUCUGGCCGUAUGUGUGGCGGAGCAAGCUGUGUACCUGCAGUGACUGCAAGAAAGUCUACACCGAAGCAGGAGUGCCCUUCCUACUGGACGAGUCAGAUACAGUGCUGGCCUAUGAGAAGAAGGGCAAGACGGAGCAGGAGAGCAGCCUGGAGACGAGAGACCCUCUGAUGACAGCCCUGAGCAGCAUGGGCAGAGUGCAGCAGCUGGAGCUGAUCUAUGAAUACAAUGAUCUGAAGACUGAACUGAAGGACUACCUGAAGAGAUUUGCAGAUGAAGGCAAGGUGGUCACCAGGGAAGAUAUCCAGCGAUUCUUUGAGGAGUUUCAGUCAAGGAAGAGACGAAGGAUGAGUGCUGGCCAGUACUACUGUGCCUGAAUAGCUCCCCCACCACCCCCCAGCCUUGUCUUUAUAAAGCACAUCAUCUUCAAACACAUCCAAUAGAACUCCAGUCCUUUGAACAAAAUUGUUUUUAACCUUUGAAACAAGUAUCUGUUGUCCCAAUCCUUUGAUUCUGUGCUUUUAAAUAAUGUUGCAAAUAAAAAAAAAAAGCUGUAGGAAGUUUUCUUGGCUCUGAAGCUUGACAUUUCA